AAAAGUUCACAAAACCUAUUAUCAUGUUGAAUAUAAUACUGCUACUAGUUCAAAUGAGAGCAUGAAUAAUUAUAUCAAAGAUAAAGCUUGUAAAACAUUUGAUAUCCAAGAUAUUACUAGCGAAGCUCCUGAAUUUGAGUCAAUAGUAAUCAAUAACCAGCAAAUAGCUUACAAUUAUGAUCAGAUAUUUAAGGAAAAUAGUAAGUUUGGUCAUAUUAUUGAAGGAAAUAGCAAGUCUAAUCAAAUGUUUAAGAAUAACAUAUUAGAAAAUAAUAAGAUUAGUGAAGAAAUUUGUA